AUGCUCUUUUUCUCCCUCGCCGUCACCCUGUUCGCUUCCUUGUCCGCCGUGGGGGCUGUCGAGGAUGAGGUCGCAAGUCCCACCAGUUCUUCAGCGGUUGUUACCGCCACGCGGCUUGUCAAGGGGCUCGCCGAAGAGUAUCCAUUUUUCGUGACGAGUACCCAGGUCGUCGUCUGGACUCAAACGCCAGAAGCUACUCCGGCAUGA